UUCCUGCCUCUCUUCUCCAGGGUCUGCUGACAGAAGCAUGAUUGGUUCCUAGGAUCCGGCUCGCUGGGGCCUACUGUCCUCCUGGGAAUUUCCUGAGAAUGCCCCAUUCCCUCUACCCUCCUGGUGGCCUCCUCCUCUUCCUACUAGCAUCUACAGCCUCCUUUCCAAAGGACCUCAUUCCCUCAAGCACGGUCAGUUUGGCAGGCGCAACCCAGUGGACUUAUUUCCAAGGACUCCCGGGGGAUAAUGACACCACCCAGCUGGGCCUGGAUUUCCAAAGCAUGCUGCGACUCAACCAAACGCUUUUCAUUGCAGCCCGAGACCACGUCUACGCCUUUGAUCUCCGAAGGACGAAGGACGAUUUCUCUCCGACCAGGCAUCUCACAUGGAAGACCCAGGACAUGGUCAACUGCGCCAUGAGAGGAAAACUUCGGAAUGAAUGUUACAACUACAUCAAAGUCUUGGUUCUGAAGAACAACCAAACCCUCUUAGCUUGCGGGACGAACGCAUUCAACCCCAUGUGCCGGGCCUACAAGAUCGGUAGUUUGGAGCAGGAGGGCGAGGAACUGAAUGGGCAGGCCAGGUGCCCCUUUGAUGCAAAGCAAACCAACGUUGCCCUCUUCGCAGAAGGGAACCUCUACUCGGCUACCGUGGCAGACUUCCAAGCCAGCGACGCGGUGAUCUACCGAAGUUUGGGGGAGCGGAGUCCCGUUCUCCGGACGGUCAAGUACGACUCCAAGUGGCUACGAGAACCUCAUUUCCUGCAUGCCCUGGAAUACAGAGAUUACGUCUACUUCUUCUUCCGAGAGAUCUCCAUGGAGUACACCACGCUUGGUCGGGUGAUCUUUUCCCGUGUGGGACGAGUGUGCAAAAACGACAUGGGCGGUUCCCCACGAGUGCUGGAGAAAUACUGGACGUCCUUCCUGAAGGCCCGCCUCAACUGCUCGGUGCCUGGCGAUUCCUUCUUCUACUUCGACGUCCUUCAAGCUGUGACGGACGUGACCCUCGUGAACGGGCGACCGGCCAUCUUCGGGGUCUUCACCACGCAGUCCAACAGCAUCACCGGCUCUGCCGUCUGCGCUUUCUACAUGGACGAGGUGGAGCGAGUGUUCAGCGGCAAAUUCAAGGAGCAGAAGAACGCAGAUUCGGCUUGGUCCCCCAUCCCCGAGGAGAAAGUGCCCAAGCCCAGGCCGGGCAGCUGCGCUGGCGUCGGCCAAGCCUCAAGUUACAAGGCCUCCAGUGAAUUCCCUGAUGAGAUGCUGAGCUUCAUCAAGUCCUUCCCGCUGCUGGAUGAAGCUAUCCCCUCCGUCACGGAGCGGCCCUGGUUCUCCAAGACCUCCAGCAGGUACAAGCUGACCCGGCUAGCUGUGGACCCGGCAGCUGGCCCAUCCCAGAAUUACACCGUUCUUUUCCUGGGCUCGGAAGAAGGGACGGUGUUGAAGGUGGUCACCGGGACCCACGAGAACUCGUCAGUGGAGACCCGGUUGCUGGAAGAGAUCUCCGUCUACAAUCCCGCCCGGUGCAGCGCCAAGAAGGAAGAUCGGCGGAUUUUGGGGUUAGAGCUGGACACAGCCAACCAUGCCCUCUACGUGGCCUUCUCCAGCUGUGUGGCCCGAGUGCCACUCAGCCGCUGCUCCACCUACAGCACCUGCCGCAGGCGCUGCCUGGCUUUCCGCGACCCAUAUUGUGUCUGGCUGCGCGCCAGCGCUUGUGUUCCGUUCAGCAAUGAUAUCAGAAGUGGAUUUGAACAAGAUGUUGAAAAUGCAGCCAAGUAUGCGGGGAGCUGUCAAGAUCUGGUAACGGCAACCGGGAAUCACGACGGCACCAGCGACUCUGCCUAUGGCGAGACGCAGACGGCCACCGCUCCCGCCGUGCCGUACCCGGAGGCGCCCGCAGCGUCUCCCUCUGCUAGCAUGGCACUUGACGCCCACCCGGCCCCCGGCGCUGGGGACCCACGCUCCACCCUCCACGUGGCUGUGAGCACCCAGGGUAAGAUGGGCUGGCCGGCCGGCCCGACACGCACCCGCGUGCGCAGCGCCCGCAGAAUAACAGCCUGGGCUGGGAAUCACUAACCCGGCAUGGGAAGCGGGUGCCUGAGAUGCUAACAAACGGCCUGGCAUGUGGACGCAUGAACCAGUAGAGGUAGCAACCCCCUCCCCGUUGUGUGUUCCCGGGAGGGGGCCCCAGGCGCGGGGGACUUCCUUUUCUCACAGUGCGCUGCCGACCCCUCUCUGUGCAUGGCGGGCGAGACACGUGGUUCUCUUGGAGCUGUGGUUGUGUGGGAGGCAGGUGUGUGUACGCGUGUGUGUACGAGUGAGUCGCACCGAGCGAGGACUCUGUGGCUGUGUUUAAAAUUAGAAAGUGUGUGUGCGUUUGUGUGGGAGAAGAUGUAUAGGUUUCAGAUUAGAGAGACGGGGGACGGAGGGCGGCUGUCGUCAGGAGGAGGCGGGCAGGUUGCGGAGCAAGCGAGAUCUUUUUGCAUCCGUACUGAGCAAGCUGGGAGGAGAAAGCAAUUGCUCCAGACAGGCAGAACGUCCCCUAGACCUAAAGCUGCCAACCUCCAGGGGAGGCCUGGAGAUCUCCCAAACAAUCUCCCAACUACAGAGAUCAGCUCCUCUCGAGAAAAUGGGUGUUUCCCCCUCACUUUGGGGUUUUGGUCCUUCUUGGUCGCUCCGUCCAUCCAACACAAAACAAAAACAAAAACAACGCUAGCAGCUUGCACAAUAA